CGUAGUCAGCGUGAUCGACUCAGCAAUGUUCGACUGCGCCACUCUGGUUUCCGCCCUCGUAAAAGAAGGACCGCGUAACGUCUCCUUCGUUCAUUCGCAACCACCUGCUCAUCGAGGAAGCAUCGGAUCUUUUGGUUCGGUCUGCCAGUUGCCGAUCGAAUCGUUGGACCGGUCAACAGGAGCGGCUUCCAGAGAUACAACUUGCACAAGAAGAGAAUGAAGAGCAACGCGACUUCCGGUCAUCCGCUGUCCGUCUUUGUAUCGGUCUGCACGCUAGUGGUUGUACUGUCUGUCAGCAAGACAGCUUACGCUAACAAAAUAACGACGUUUCUACCUACAACGAGGUCGGCAAGUUGCUCCAUUUUUACUGUUGCCUUUCAAGAACGAUGUUUCAUCUUACCUGCGUUGACACUGUGACUCUGGGAGAUUUUAAUUUUACAAGUUUGUGUCGCUUAUACGGACAAUCCUGUUUGGGUGGACACGGCAAGAGGUUCGAUUCGCAUAUACAAGGCAACGUUCUUCAAGAGAAUCAAGCAGACGCGGCUACCAGUGACAAACAUCAAGAGAUGGAACCUCUACGGCUGCGUAACGAGUUCGUUAUUCCUGGGAGGAAGUUCGAAGGACAAGAAGAGAUGCUUCUUCCUCAGACGCGUAGGCAGGAUUCUACGAGAUUCGACCCUUUCACUUUGUCGUUCAUCGUUCGGCAAUGGUUGACGUCGCAACAUCGCCUUCAUCAGCCGGACGUGGAGCUUAAUAACAAUUAAACGGAUAAGCGUUUCCAUUAUACUUUGAAUUCGAGACGAAGAAUUUGGAAAAUAUUAGAUAUCAAAAAUAUGUGAAAAU